AUGGAACACUGUUCAGUCAUCGUUUCUUCUCGUCGUAACUCGGUCGAUUCUACUGCUUCGACUGAGACCAUGUCGUCGCAUACAACAACGAUAUCUACUACACCACCUAGUGAGUUAGAAACACAAAUUGCACUUCAUUCAGCUGCAGCCGCUGCUCUUGCUUCGGCUCAAACCUCAAGAACACAUUCAGCUGAUGGUAGUGCAGGUUCAAGUCACAGAGAAUCAAAAAGACAUGGUUCUAAACCUCCCCGUCAACUUCAAUGUUACAAUUGCGGUAUAAAAAAUACACCACUCUGGCGUCGAACACCAGACAGAAUGCAUUCACUUUGUAAUGCAUGUCAUGAAUCAAAUGGCGAAGAUAUAGCACUUGAUUUAGCGUACACAGAUUCACCGACACCUACUUAUUCAGUAUCAUCAACGACAGUUUCUGAAAGUUCAUGUAUGCGCCCAACCGUAACGCAAACAUCCACACCCGUUGCGUCACCUACUUUACGACCCGCAAACAUGUCACCUUCACCUUUACCAAAUACAUUAUCCUUACCGCCUCCAUCAUUACAUCCUUCAGCCACACCACCUUUACCGUCUACCACGACAACACCAUCGACGAUAUCAUCAACGAUGGCUGAUAUACAAAUCCAAUGUGCGAAUUGCGGUCAAACACAAACACCUUUAUGGCGAAAGAAUGAUAAAGGGCAACCUUUGUGCAAUGCUUGUGGAUUGUAUGCUAAGUUGCAUAAUAGGGACCGUCCUAUCGCUAUGCGUAAGUCAAAAAUUCAACGUCGUCGUCGUGAUUGGAAUAAAUAUGGUCAUAUUGAUGAUGGUCAUAAUACUGAAGAUUCUAUCGAUGGAACGAAUUCAACGGUUGGAGCAUCAAGUAAAUCGUAUCACGCUAUUCUUCCUAAUCAACGACCUAUAAUGCCCAUGACUAUGUCUCCGAGCCAAAUGGCUCCUGCACUCCUAACUUUGGCUACGGCAGCUACUUGUCAGCGAGAACAAAUACUUUUAGAAGAACAACGACGACAACAACAGCAGCUGCUACAUUUAGAUACCGUAGAUGAAUGUAUGGAUCAUAGGGAUCAUGGUCCAAUUAUUUCCUCUAUAUUAUCACCACCUUUUGAUCCCGACGAAUCAAAGUUCAAGUCUAUUAUAGAUCAAAUUCCUAGAAAACAGGUGGAGGAAAUUUUGAAAGUAUUUGAAAGACGAUGUGAAAUUUUGAAAAAGGUUUUGGGCGAUCCAUGA